GGCACUCACAUGAGUUCCAGGGAGGCAGCCAAGAUGGGUGACAUCUUGGCAACCGAGGCCGAUCUUCUUGGGAUGAUUAAGGAGUAUCUAAAGUUUGAGGAAUUUGAAGAGACUGUUCACAGUUUCGACAAGGAGUGUAAAAGCAAAGGCAAGCUCGUCUCAAAGCCUCAAGGAAGUACUCUCAGAGACUCAAAGACUCGUGUCAUCCAGAAUGACCUUCUCAGCUCCUUUGAAGAUGGGGAUCACAAGGUGUUCUUUGAACUGUGGACAGAUAAUAUUCCCUCAGAGGUAAAAGACACAGAUGCCGAGGCCCAGAGCCUAGAGUUCUACCUUCACAUCCAUUUUACCAUCUACCCACUGAGGAGGCACCCAGGUAGACACGACCGAGCUGAGUUUGAGGAGAGGAUUUCCCACUUCAAGCAGUACCUGGAGACUCGAGGAGCAGCGCUGAGUCAGACCUCUGAGUUUCUGCCUUACUACGCCUUGCCUUUUGUUCCCAACCCCACUGUCCACCCCUCCUUCAAAGAUCUUUUCCAGGAUUCCUGGAUACCACAUUUGAAGGAUAAGCUGGAGCAGUUUCUGUCAGUGACACUGAAGCCGUCCAGCAGCCCGAGGCUGCUGAAUUUAUAUAAAGAGGGUGGAAGGAGCACAAAAGAGGCCAUGCAGCUGUUACAGCUCCAACUGGUUGAAUCAGACCGGCGCAUUGCCAGCUAUGUGCGGAGGUUCAACAAGAUGCAGGCCGACUACCACAACCUGAUUGGAAUCACUGCUGAGCUGGUCGACUCUUUGGAGGCCACCGUCAGCGGAAAAAUGAUCUCCCCUGAGUACCUGCAGAGUGUGUGUGUUCGCCUGUUCAGCAGCCAGAUGAGGCAGAGUGUUGUACAGAGCACUGACUUCACCAGACCUGGCACUGGAUAUUACUCUAUGAGUCCCUAUGAUGAUGGCUAUGCCUCCUCAAUGCUACGAGCAUCCAUCGCACCACAGAGACCCAAGGAGGUACCAAUGCUGCCUUCACUGGACUAUGAGAAACUGAAGAAAGACCUGGUUGAAGGCUCAGACAGACUCAAGUCCCUGCUGCUUCAGGCCCUGCGCUGGAGACUGACUCGCUCACUCCCUGGUGAACAGAGAGACACCGUGCUUCAGGCCUAUAUCAGCAAUGAUCUGCUGGAACGCUAUAGCACUAAAGAGGAAACGGUGCUUCAUUUAAUGAGGUCGAAGAACGAGAUUGUACGCCAGUACAUGGCCCGUCUCAUCAAUGCAUUCGCUUCCCUUGCAGAGGGUCGGGUUUACCUCUCCCAAAUCCCCAUUCUUCUAAAACUUCUGACUGAAGCACUGAGGCAGGAGGAAAAAGACUCCCUGACCAGAGAGAAUGUGCUAGUGGCCCUGCAGAAACUCAGCCUCAGGAGGAGCCAGCAAACAGCCAUGAUAUCAGACAAUCUGAUAGGCUGGCUGGUGGAUGAGCUGCAAGACUCAGACUGCCUGACUGACUACACCCUGGAGUAUUCUGCAGCUCUGCUUAUGAACCUGUGUCUGCGAACAAAAGGAAAAAGGAAAUGUGCAGAGAACGCCAAACAUGUACUGAAGGUUCUAACGGACCUCCUUGGUCAUGAGAACCACGAGAUUCGACCAUAUGUUAAUGGAGCUCUGUACAGUAUCCUGUGUAUUCCCUCUGUGCGACAGGAAGCCAAAGAGAUGAGUGUAGAGGAGAUUCUUCGCUGCUACAGCAAAGAGGAGAACCCAGACCUCAACAGACAGAUUGAGUUCAUCAUUAAACAGCUGAACUCAGCUGAGGAAGAGGGCCCAGAAUCAGACGAUGAAGAAGAAGAGGACGACAAUGAUGAAGAUUUAAUGGAGACAGACCUUGACAAAGAGGAAGUUCUCCAACCGCAGCCGAGGGAACUGUCUGGGGAGAGUCUGCUCACCACUGAGUACCUGGGAAUUAUGACCAACAUGGCAAAAGUGAAGAGGAAGUCUACACCUCUGCCACAACCUAGUGUUGAUGAGCCCCUACAACGGCCAGUCACACCAAGUUCUCAUCGUAACCUCAACGCAGUGGAUUAUCGAGCUGGCAGUCAGGGAGGUGAGGUUAGCAGAGACAGGGGAUGCCCACUGAGCAGACAGAAGAGCGAGGAAGGAAGCCUGCCUCCUUCCCGAUACAACUCCCGUCCUCCUACACGCUCUGGCAGUCGCCCCAGCACCGCCGACUCCCUGCGUCACAGCAUCGAUUUAUUUGAUGUCAUGCCCAGUGUCCACAAGGAACAUAAGGCACUUCCAGGCAAAGAAGCAACUUCCUCAGAGAGCAGAAGGGAUAAAGACUCAGAUUCAGAGUGUGGCCGGUUGUCCCAGGAGUCAGAGUUGGACGGGCCGUAUGAUGGGCGAGUUACAAAAGGACGUUCCCGGGAGGAACACAAUGGACACUCUGCCAGUGGUGAUUAUAUCCCUGCAUUUGCGAGCCAGCCCAAAAUUCCCCGUACACCUGACACAGCAUCCAGCCAGAACAGUGCUCAGCGGGGUCGAGGCCCGGCUCUGGCACCGCAGUUUUCCCAGUCGGAACCACAGCAGAGCAGCCGACCAGCCUCUGCCAGCUCCGCAGGAGGAGGAGGGGGACGCCAGAGUGGAAGCAGCCAGUCAAAGAGGAGGUGAAGAGGGAGCUGUCACCGUGGAGUAGUGCUAUCUCCCCGGGAGCAUCAGGCUUCCUGUAACAUCAUCCCCCCCAACCCCAGGUUGUGAUCAGGGUCAGGGCAACAGAGAUGCUCGAGGAUCAGCAGCGAGAGGAGGAGGAGGAGGGAGGAGGAGGAGGAGGAAGGAGGGGACGAACAAUGUGAAGGAUUGUGGCUCCACACCCCCCACCCCACCCCCCUUCUGCUUUGGCACAGACUUCUCUCUGUAACAUAAUAUGAGGUCAGACAAUAAUCACAACCCCCAGCCAUGCAGCUCUGUGCACCUUGUAGCCUCAGUCUCUCCACUCUCUCAUCAAGGUGAUAGUUGGCUUACCUAAAUAUGUACAACAUCCCAGUAGAUAACUCCUCAAUAUCAUCACUUAUGUCUUAAGUAUGGUUUUAGCUAACCGUUUUUAACAACAUGUACAGUAAAUGGGGGAUUAAGAGUUUGGGAAGCCUGACAUGAGCAGGUAUGGAGACAAAAUGUUUGAUAAUGUUUCUAUGAUUAUCACAAAGUUUAAUUAAUUUAAUAUGAGGUACGGGAAGGACUUUUGUUGUCUUUGAAUUGAUUGUACAAAUAUAUUAAAAAAACAACAGUGACUCAAAACUUCAUUUGUAAAGUUCUCAUCUUGAUUCUACAAAUCUAUACUUCUUCUGAAUUUCACUAUGUACUGCAUAUAUUGAUUUUUGACCGUGGAAAAUAUCCGUCCACAUGAAUAAAUAAUUGUUCCAGCUUUACUUCAAAUAUAAGACAUUAGCUCAUAUCAGGGUAGCUGCUCUUGUUUCACUUAUGCUCCAGAAAUGUUUACAAGAAAGACACAGGCCCUGAUAUAACUUGUCAGGCUAGUGCGUGGUUUUUGUUUUUUUUUUGUGUUUUUAAACAAGCUUAUUAUUGUUGAUAUAGCCUGCAGUACACUACCAUCCAUACAUCUGACAAAAAACUUGAAUUUGUGUGAAUGUCUUAAAUCCAGCAAUUUUGCAUUGUACAUUUGAACUGUUUUCCAGGUGUCGUGAUGUGUAUUUAUGUUUACUAUAUUUCUUGUUGUAAUGCAUUUUGAUACGUUCUGAGUGGUUUUAAAUAAACGUGUGACAUGUCA